AUGGAGUCGGACCCAGCAGUGACGAGUACUGUUUGCGAAGGUGUGUUACACCCAGAGAACAAACGAAACGUUCCUACUGAUAGUCAUAAUACAGUUAGAAAGUCUAAUAUUUUUUCAGACGACGGCCUUACCACCCAAAAGGCACCGUGGAAUGCUUUAAAUGAUGCAGAGACGGCGUCUAGUGUAGGCGAGUCGUCAAGGCGGAACAGCAAAUACGAUGAUAAUAUGCCUGUUCAUUCCGCCUGUUCCGAGUUCGAAAUCCCGGAGAUGGAGUUUGAUGAAUUUGAGUUGGAACUAGCUGCUGAAAAAGAGUUUUCAUCCGAUGAACAGUUGUUUGAAUCUGGUCGUAUGACACCAGAUGGGUUAAUCGACGAAGACUUUGAACGUGAACUUGGAUGCGCAGCUAAGGAGCUCAGUGUUCAAGAUGUAAUCGAUUCUGAUUAUCCAGAUAUUUCUCGGCUGGGUGUAUUACAAGGUGCAGGAGAUGAUAAACUCGGUCGUAAAAUAAUUGUUUUCUCAGCUUGUCGUCUACCAGCAGCUGAUUUAAUUGAUCAUCAACAUCUCCUAAUGUAUAUUACUAAAACAUUGGAACAAUAUGUCAGUAUUGAUUACGUCCUAAUUUACUUCCACUUCGGACUUACUAACAAAAAUCGACCUAAAUUUAAAUGGCUUGUUCAAGCUUAUAGAACAUUUGGGCGCAAUUUUCGUAAAAAUUUGAAAACACUUUACAUUGUACAUCCUACUACUGGUAUAAAAAUUUUAUGGACUCUCUUCAGACCAUUCAUCAGUUCUAAAAUGUCAAAUAAAGUGGUUUAUGCUGAAACAUUAUCCGAAUUAGAAGAAACCUUAUUCGUUGAUCAAUUGCCAAUACCACAACGUGUUUUAAACUAUGAUAAAUCUAUUAUAAAAAAUCUACCUCCAAGAUCUGUUCCAAAAAUUCAAAAAGAUUCUACUGCUCGAGUAUCUACACCUUAUAUACCAUCGCUGCCGGAUGCUGCUUCAGUGUUCUCUGGUGUAUAUGAAGAACAGUGCAAAGAUGUUACUCCAGAUCCUCAACAACAAUUUAAUGUUAGUUUACAAUUCAUCAAAAUGAAUAACGGAGGUCGACCUAUUCCUAUUGUCUUUGAAGAUACCAUCGAUUAUCUACGCGAUCGUGGUUUAACAACUGAAGGAAUCUUCCGUCGAUCUGUCAGUCUGAAACAAUUACGAGAUGUACAGAAUUUAUAUAAUAAUGUGUCAGUCAGCCAGUCAGUCGCAACGUGGAACCUGAACUCAUAUUUAAAUCAUUUAAACAUAAAACGUGGUCAUAAUGCUUAA